AUGGCCGAAUUUGUGAUCAAUGUAAGCCGAACCUUCUGGGACUUGCAAUACCAUCACACCGAUGGAUGCAUUGAGUGCGACUGUAACCUAAACGGAACACUGUCGAUGUUGAAUACAUGUGAUCUGAAAUCCGGUCAGUGCCAUUGUAAACGCAACGCUGCUGGACGACAAUGUGACAAAUGCGCUGACGGCUUUUAUAAGCUGGAAGGCUUUCAACCAACUAGGCUGCGAGCAAGUUCAUUUCGUGGUUUCGUCCAGCUGCAACUGCGAUAUUGGCGGAGCGUUGAGAGCAGAUUGCGAUGCGGUGAGACGGGACAGUGCCGUUGCCGCCCACGAGUGACUGGAUUGCGAUGUGACAAACCGAUUGAUAACCACUACUUCCCCACCUUAUGGCAUAACCAAUACGAAGCCGAGGAUGGUCACACAGAUGACCAGCGACCAGUUCGAUUUGCUGUCGACGAGGCACAGUUUCCGUCGUACAGUUGGAGGGGUUACGCCGUCUUUUCACCAAUUCAGGAAAAAAAAGUCAACAUGCGACAUCGAUUGCUGGCCAACGCGUCUGUCUAUCGACUUCUGUUCAAGUACCAUAAUCCAACUACCGUACCGAUCACCGCAAUUGUAGAAGUUGCACCGAAAAUGACGCAUACACAGGGUGAGCAGAACAGAACACAAACUUGUGCAUUAGAGCGUCAAGGCUGGAAAAAGGAAAUAUUAGCUCAUCGACAAUAUCGCACAGUCGGAAAAAGUCGUUUUUCCCCGACGGACUCACCAUCGGUGAAAGAAGUGACCAUCGCCGGGAAGCCAUUCGUUUUGAACCCCGGUAAAUGGAAGAUCAGCGUUGAUACAAAACAACGACUCUUCUUGGAUUAUGUCGUCGUACUGCCGGCUGAAUACUACCAGGGCACGAUACUGAAAGAACGUGCUGCACCGCCAUGUGAAGCAAACAACGCCCACAAUUCGACGUGUGUGGACCUACUGUACCCACCAAUGGCUAUUGCUGCUAGGGCUGAUGUUAACGAAAAAACGGACACAUUCAAGGAGGUGCAGAUCGAUGGCACGACAGUGGAUUUGAAACCGGCGACUAUCGAAGUACCCGAAGACUAUGACUACGCAGUCGUCAUAGAAUACCAUAAUCAUGAGAAAUCACAGUUGCCGCUUAUCAUCGAAAUGGUCCAGGACGGAAAUGUGAAGCUAAAUGGCACCAUCACUAUACAUAACUGCCCAUUUGCGUAA